GCCGAGAGCAAGUGAGGGUAAGAAGAAGAGAGCCCCGCCACAGAAACCAGUGGCAACCCGGCCUAAUGAUGAUCAGUGAUCGGUGUAUUUUUUUUAGUGAGUAAAACGUAGUUGGCUAAUCCGAAGAAUAACCAGACCACGAGUAUCGUCUCUCAAGGAGUGGCAAAAAGGAAGUUUUAAAUACAGUCCGUGAUCACAGGCUAGCACAAGUCAUGGUAAUCUUUCCGAAUAAAUAUUUUUUUGAGUGGUUUAAAAAUAAAACUAACUAAUAGUGAGUGCAAAAUUAAAUAGAAAAAAAAAUUAAAUUAAAUUGAUUCAGGAUAUUAAAACAGGGUUCAAAUUGGAUGGUUCGGGUUCUGGGUGUUCUUUCGGGAUUAGAAUUAAGUAAAUUAAUUUUCAAUUGUUCCUGGAAAAAAAAUGAAAUAAAUUCUCAUAGACAAGAAUUAAAUCAAAUUUUUACAAUCCUAACUUAUUUCUAAGAUCAGAUUGCUUGUAUAAGAUCCAAGCUAAUUUAACUCAAUUUCUCAUAGACAAGAACUGAAUUAAAUAAUAAAUACAGAAAAUUCAUAUAUGAGGUGAUCAAAUUCAUAUAGACAAUUAUGACCAAUCUUAUACAAUUUUCCAGAAAAUUAAUUGAAUUUCAAAAAAAACUAAAUUCACACCCUCAAGAACCCAUGAACCCUAGCCCCAAUUCAAACCCUAUACGGAAUUAGCUACUCAUACUAAAAAUUAACAUCACAAUAAUGUUCAUAAGCAUUUUCAGGAGCUAGUUAAAUAAUUAAUUAAAGGAAAAAAACAAUGACUUAAUUAAAUGAGAAAAAUCGGAAGUUAAUAACUAUAGACUAAGAAGUUCCAAUUCAAUCCAAAAUCCAGAACUAGAAUAUGCUGAAACUUACAAUCAUUGCUAGGAAUGUAAAUUGAAAUGAUAAAUUGCAGAAAAGUGAGGUUUACGACUCUCCUUGCUGCUGCGGCUAUCAUAGGAAUAAAGAAGAAAAAAAUCCGUUGCUAUCUUCUUGACCAAGAACAGAACAAAAUUCCUCCUGCUGCUUGUUUGUGUGCUGAAUGAAUGAUUGGAAAACUCUAGGGCUGCGGCUAAUUGAUAAGGAAAAGAAAGGAUGGAAUCUCAACAGCGGCGGCUAAGUGCCGAAGGAAAACUAAAAAAACUGCUCAUGCGGCUAAUUGGACAGAAGAGAAAACUUGUGCUGCUGGGGUUAAUUUCCCCAAGUGAAAAGAAGGGAUGGGUGAUCUCGUCCUGGGCUACUGCUAAUUUUUUUUCGGUGGACUGCGCUUCACCUUUCUUUGCUUCGGGCUGCACCAAAUUGUUGUUGAAAGAACUCUCAAAAAUUCCGGUCCAAACAUAAAUGUGUUAUUCACCGCAAAAUUCAGCCUGUACAAGUACAACUCACCAAACCCGCUAAUAAUAUGUAACUUUACAAUCAAAUUACUCCAAAAAUGUCAAAUUGUGUACAAAAAUACUACACUGAAUAUGAAUGCCACCGGAACCGAAAAAUAACAAAUUUUCACUCAAAACCCCCAAUAGUCACUCGAUUAGUUGUAAAAAUUAGACAAUUAACACCCAAAGCAUAGGUGAAAAGAUAGGAACGGAACGAGCCUAUCAAAUCUCCCCACACUUGAGCGUUGCUUGCCCCCAAGCAACAGUGCAUUAAACUCGCGGAAAAACAAAGUAAUCGCAUGUAACACCUGAUUCAAAAAUCAUUCACACCCAAAACAAAUGACUGCACAAGAUCUUUUCUUUCUUAACAACGAAACCAAAACUCACAUGUCAAAUAAUAUUUUCAAAAGUAAAAUCCCUCUCUAACCGACUAAAAUGUAAAGAAAAGCAUGAUGGUCCCAACGGUGUAGGUGUAUGAAAUUCAAACCACCAAUCAUUCCAAAAACCCAAGAGUUGUGUGAUAAAACUGGUAUACUCGUGAUUCUUCUUCUUUUUUUUUUAAUAUGAAAAGUUGACCAGGUUCUGGUUUGCAGGACUGAUUCAAGCUCUAGGGCCUGGGAGUUUAUCUCAUUACUGUGUACUCAACUCUCACACGGGGUGAUUCGCGAGAUGAGCAGAGCCCCAUUUCGGGGAUGAAAUUCUCGACACACGAAGUGUAACCCCAUUACAAGAAUCAGUUACCUACUUAGCAUGAAGUUAUCCCGAUAUGCUUAGAAAGCAGAGCUCCUUACGGAGUAAGGAUUUUCAACACCUGGCCAGUCAAGGAAUUAUUGAUGAAGAACUACUGAAUCACGAGUAACACCGAAUUUAAUCAACACAAAUCAAACCAUCCAACAUGCCAACAUUCCCAAGAAUAUACUCUCCACGCCGACGAUUACACCAUUACUAAUUCUUUCCAAGAAAGAUGGAGGAGAAGAAAAUUACAAAAGAAAAUAAAGAUUAACAUGUUACCUCUGUUGCGUUGCUAAACCAGAAAAAACCUCGUGCACCUCAAAAUGUUGUUGGACAGAAUAACCUCAUCACCAAAUGCCAUGUCCAAGCUAAAACCAAACCUCCCCACACUUAGGGGUGACAUCACCCUCGAGGUCAAAGAAAAGAUUUAAAAGCAAAAAUAUCAGGGGCAAGUUAAAGAAUAAAAUGAUUUUCAGCCCGGCAGCACAUCAUAAUCAGAAUAAUAAUCAACACAAUUCAACAAAGGAGUAAUAUGACAGUAAACACACAUUCUUAGCAGCGUAGAAAAAGUUGGCAGAAUACCGUACAAGCCAAACGUUGGUGAAUACCCUCUGAAAUAACUUCAAAUCUAUGCAUCAAAUAGCUCCUCGAUUGCUUGUGAUGGGAAGUCUAGGUAGUAAGCCUGGAACCAUGAUCAUUGGGCUGAAAUGGCUCUCUUCCGGAUGCAUAAAUGCUGGAAAAUCCGCACAAGCCUGCCUCGUGAUGCAACUGGCAAUCUCUCAACUCCCUGAGUAAGUUUGGAUCGCUGCCCGAUGAACUUGUGAAGUACAAACUCUCUCAUAGGCACUGCCAUGUCCAUUGCGACGCGCUCAAAUAAGCUGCAAAAGGUGAAAAUGAAACAUGGUAGCACCUUGCUCGCAAUCUGGUUGUUACUAUGGAGGUUAUUUCCCAUGAAGAAACACGUUAAGGCAGCCUGAUUUACUGUCUGUUAGAACUUCUUUGAACAUCAAACUCUGAUUCAUGUGUAGAAUGGCAUUCCCAGAAGGCUUUUAGCCCAAAUUAAUUGGGAAAGAAGCUGCUGAAACUCCUCUGUCUGCUCAUACGCCGGGUCAUAGAAAUCAAAACGCCAACCUGAAUCUGCCAACAGAGUCUUGUCCAUCAAAAUGGUCUACUGUCAACGGCCAGCUUAUCUAUCCCUCAAAAAUCAGCAUGUGGCGCCAUAAAGAAGCUGCCAACGGCCCCACAUCUUGAGCAAGUGUAAGUCUUGAAUCAAAAUCUACCAACGGCCUGCUGUGAAACUGCAGCAUGCAGCCUUGAAUAGCCCCAUCUACAUAAGCAUGUGUUCUUCAUCUACACCAGUCCAUGAUAAUCCUGUCGUACCUGCAUUUCGAAGCAAUGAAAGAAAUCCAAACGCACAACCACAAGAUGAAAUCACAAAAACAAAGGAGAAAAAAUGCAUAAACAAGAAAUAAUAAACUCCUAAUCCUUUUUUUUUGGUGGGUUGCCUCCCAGAAGCGCUUCUUUAACGUCACUAGCUUGACAAUAAUAUUUCAUUCCUAAUCUGGCUCAAAUGGCCAAGUAAAAGUGGUAUUUUCCUUAUCACCAGGAUCAACGUGUAUUUGAAAGUACUCGCUCAUCCCGUCAAGAAAACAAUAAUAAGCAUGCCCUGCCAAACUCUCAAUUAACUGAUCAAUAAAAGGUAAGGGACAGUGAUCCUUCCGGGUGACCUCAUUCAGUUUACGAGCAAUGACUUGCUCGUGGCGCCUAAGGACAUCCAUCAUUUUUUUCUUCUGUCCCGACUCUAACUGGGUUGAAAUUAUGACAGGGUGUUGGCCCUCUGUAUCCAAAAAUGCAUACUCCAGGUGACUAGGGAGUGGUUUGAGUUCAGGAGUAACCUUAUCAGUGGGCUGCUCCUCAAACUCAGUAAGCAACUCAGGGAAAACAUCAUCCCUAAUCACCUGCUCGCAAUCAACAGUCAUGUCUUCUUCAUUUUCAGCCACGAUAUCCCCCACAUAAUGAAUGUCACUAUCUGGUGGGGUAAAGUCAUUAUCGCCUCCAAACAAAUAACCCUCCACUGACUCAAACAUAUCAAGAUAAUUGCAUGAUUCAGUGUGGUCUGAGGCCUUACUCAUCACAUCUGAGAGUUUAAAAGUACACACAUCGUCCCCAACUCUCAGAGAAAGUGAACCAUCAGCAACAUCAACAAGGGCCCUAGCAGUAGCCAGAAAGGGCCUCCCUAAAAUAAGUGGAGUCUCACGAUCUUCCUCCAUGUCCAUGACAACAAAAUCAACAGGGAAUAUGAACUUGUCCACCCGUACCAAUACAUCCUCUAGAAUUCCUUUCGGGUAUUUCACCGAUCGGUCCGCUAGCUGGAGGCUCAUACGAGUGGGCUUAAGUUCACCCAAGCCAAGUUUCAUGACCACAGAGGAAGGCAUCAGGUUGAUGCUAGCUCCUAAAUCAGCUAAAGCAUUAUGAAACACAAAAUUUUCAAUAGAACAAGGUACAGUAAAACUCCCUGGGUCUUUUCGUUUUGGUGGCAUGGUCCUCAGAACAACCGCUGAACAUUCUGCAUUGAGAUCCACCACUUCUGGCUCUUCCCACCUCCUCUUUUUCGUGAGGAGGUCCUUCAGAAACUUCGCGUACCUCGGCAUCUCUGUCAAUGCUUCAAUGGAUGGCAUAUUGAUAUGGAGCUGUUUUAGAUGCUCCAUAAAUCUGAUCAAGUUCGUGUUAUCAUUGCUCUUCUUCACCUGUGUAGGGAACGGAAGGGGUGGAGUCUUCUUACUCUCCGCUUUCUUCUGAGAAUCUUCUUUCUGAACUUCUUCACUCUUGGUUAGAGAGGGAGCAACCACUUGUUCUUCAACUUCCUUGGAUUUGGGGCCUUGAAGCUGCCGGUCAUCAUCUUGUUGAGGCAUUGGCGGAGUAGAAACUUCUGGAAGUGUUCUCCCGCUUCGUAGCGUAACAGCUUGCACAUGCUCCCUUGGGUUAGGUUCUGUUGAACUCGGAAGGCUGCCCGUUUCUCUAGGAGCAAGUGAACCAAGCUGGCGAAUGAGAGCUUCCAAAUUGCUGAAACGUUGAUGCAUAUCAGCCUGAUUUUUGGCUAAUUCAGCCACUGUUUUCUCUAACGCUGCAUUUACAGGAGGCUGCUCAAGCUGUCUUUGAUGAGGCGGGAUAUAAGUGGGCUGAUUUGAAUUGCCUCUGUUCUGAAAAUUUCCUUGAAAAUUAGGGGCAUUUCGCUGCCCUUGAUUCUGAUUUUCAGGCCUCCACGUGCCUCCUGCUUGCUGAAAGUUUCCUCUUUGAACUUGGUUGUUGAAAAACUGCCCACCACCUCUUUGGCCUUGAUUGUAAUCCAUGAAAUUGACGUUCUGGACCACUGGUGAUGCCUGAUUCUGAACAUAAAGAGGACAUGUGUGAGUGAGGUGAGCUCCCAUGCACAUCUCACAAGAUAAAGCGAGUUCUUGGCCGGUUGGGCUUGGAUAGCUUGCUCGAACAGGAAGUGGGGCAGAAUACAUAGGAUAAGAGGGCUGAUAUGCCCCAAUAUUAUGGACCUGCUGCUGUUGAGAUGUCUGUGCCUUCAAGUCUUUCACGUCCACAGCCAGCCCCUCAAUCUUCGCUGUAAGUGCAGUGAUGGGAUCAAGAUUGAGCAAACCGGGUGGAUUUUGAGCUCUCUCUUUACCCGCAUACCAAUACUUGUCAUUUGAAGCCAAGUUUUCAAUUAUUUGCUCUUCUGCCUGUGGGGAUAAUUUCAGAAACAUACCCCCUUGAGAUGCCCGGUCAAGUUCUCUCAUAUACUCCAACCGAAGACCAUUAUAAAAUCUGCACAUAAUUGUUGCUGCAUUCAUGAAUGUUUCAGGGCACUUCCUUUUCAACAUCUUCAGCCUAUCCCAUGCCUCACUGAAAGAUUCGGUCGGAGCUUGAGUGAAAUUGAGAAUUUCCGUCUGAACCUUGAUAGCGGCAGAGGGAGGAAAAUACUCCUGCAUAAAUGCUUGAUGAAGCUUCUCCCAUGUAUCAAAGUGCCCGUUUGGAAAGCUACGGAGCCACCGUGAAGCUUUGUCUCUCAAUGAGAAUGGGAAUAAAGUCAGCCUGACUGCCUCACUGGACACUCCAUUAUAUUUGAAUGUGGCACAAGUUUGAAUAAAGCUCUCAAUAUGAUCCAUUGGAUCUUCAUGGGCGUAUCCACAAAAUGGAUUAUUAGCAAGCAUCUGAAUCAUGGCUGGCUUGAUUUCAAAAUUGUUGGCCUCAAUGGUGGGUGCUCCAAUGCUAUUUCUCGCCACAUAGUUAGGCGUCAACGUCUCCAGAGUUGUCUGAUCAGCCAUUUUCUCCAAGUCUUCUAGCAAACGCCUUUUAGCUCUUCCUCGGAAUAAGCGUUCAGGAUUAGAAUAACCUGCAAUUAAAUCUUGUUCCUCCGAGGAGCGAGUGCGCAUGCACUAGUUCCUGCAGCUUAGUUCACGUGCAAAGAACACCAAAAACGACAAACAAAUAACAGAAAAAAAAUAGAAAGUCUCACCGACUUGCUUUUACCUAUUCCACAGAAAAGUACUUAACAAACAACCGUGCCACUCCCCGGCAACGGCGCCAUUUGAUCGGUGUUUUUUUUUAGUGAGUAAAACGUAGUUGGCUAAUCCGAAGAAUAACCAGACCACGAGUAUCGUCUCUCAAGGAGUGGCAAAAAGGAAGUUUUAAAUACAGUCCGUGAUCACAGGCUAGCACAAGUCAUGGUAAUCUUUCCGAAUAAAUAUUUUUUUGAGUGGUUUAAAAAUAAAACUAACUAAUAGUGAGUGCAAAAUUAAAUAGAAAAAAAAAUUAAAUUAAAUUGAUUCAGGAUAUUAAAACAGGGUUCAAAUUGGAUGGUUCGGGUUCUGGGUGUUCUUUCGGGAUUAGAAUUAAGUAAAUUAAUUUUCAAUUGUUCCUGGAAAAAAAAUGAAAUAAAUUCUCAUAGACAAGAAUUAAAUCAAAUUUUUACAAUCCUAACUUAUUUCUAAGAUCAGAUUGCUUGUAUAAGAUCCAAGCUAAUUUAACUCAAUUUCUCAUAGACAAGAACUGAAUUAAAUAAUAAAUACAGAAAAUUCAUAUAUGAGGUGAUCAAAUUCAUAUAGACAAUUAUGACCAAUCUUAUACAAUUUUCCAGAAAAUUAAUUGAAUUUCAAAAAAAACUAAAUUCACACCCUCAAGAACCCAUGAACCCUAGCCCCAAUUCAAACCCUAUACGGAAUUAGCUACUCAUACUAAAAAUUAACAUCACAAUAAUGUUCAUAAGCAUUUUCAGGAGCUAGUUAAAUAAUUAAUUAAAGGAAAAAAACAAUGACUUAAUUAAAUGAGAAAAAUCGGAAGUUAAUAACUAUAGACUAAGAAGUUCCAAUUCAAUCCAAAAUCCAGAACUAGAAUAUGCUGAAACUUACAAUCAUUGCUAGGAAUGUAAAUUGAAAUGAUAAAUUGCAGAAAAGUGAGGUUUACGACUCUCCUUGCUGCUGCGGCUAUCAUAGGAAUAAAGAAGAAAAAAAUCCGUUGCUAUCUUCUUGACCAAGAACAGAACAAAAUUCCUCCUGCUGCUUGUUUGUGUGCUGAAUGAAUGAUUGGAAAACUCUAGGGCUGCGGCUAAUUGAUAAGGAAAAGAAAGGAUGGAAUCUCAGCAGCGGCGGCUAAGUGCCGAAGGAAAACUAAAAAAACUGCUCAUGCGGCUAAUUGGACAGAAGAGAAAACUUGUGCUGCUGGGGUUAAUUUCCCCAAGUGAAAAGAAGGGAUGGGUGAUCUCGUCCUGGGCUACUGCUAAUUUUUUUUUCGGUGGACUGCGCUUCACCUUUCUUUGCUUCGGGCUGCACCAAAUUGUUGUUGAAAGAACUCUCAAAAAUUCCGGUCCAAACAUAAAUGUGUUAUUCACCGCAAAAUUCAGCCUGUACAAGUACAACUCACCAAACCCGCUAAUAAUAUGUAACUUUACAAUCAAAUUACUCCAAAAAUGUCAAAUUGUGUACAAAAAUACUACACUGAAUAUGAAUGCCACCGGAACCGAAAAAUAACAAAUUUUCACUCAAAACCCCCAAUAGUCACUCGAUUAGUUGUAAAAAUUAGACAAUUAACACCCAAAGCAUAGGUGAAAAGAUAGGAACGGAACGAGCCUAUCAA